UUUACAGUGAGCAGAGACAAAUAGCUACUUGGUUCCGGGAGGAAAGUUCACUUUGUUUGGAAUGGAAUUGCUAGGAGUACUCAGAUUGAGAGGAGAGUAGUUAAGAGGAGGCUGAACCUGUAGUUACCGAGCCAGGCAAAUGGGUGGGCUUUGGCUUAGCUCCACCAGCAAGGAGCAAAACAGCUUCAAGGAGUGAAAAGCAUUUCCUCAUAUGCAGAAAGGCAGAUUAUUUACAGAAUAUGAAAAAAGUGGCAUUCAAAUGAGGCUGAAUUAGUGUAGGGGUGUUUUCUAGUUUUAUUUUGUUUGUGAAUGCUCUCACUGGUCUGGGAAAGAUGCUGGGUUUGCGCUGGCUGUUCUCUAAGUUCUCCAAACCGCAGAAUGAGCAGAUAAAAAAGGUUGACAGCUUCCUGGAUGCCAUGCGUCUCUCCGAUGAACAGCUCCAGGACAUCUCAGCUCAUUUCCAGGCGGAAAUGGAGAAGGGUCUAUCUGCUGAAAGCAAUGAGACAGCCACGGUGAAGAUGCUGCCCACUCAUGUCCUCUCCACCCCCGAUGGAUCAGAGAAAGGGGACUUCCUGGCACUCAACCUUGGGAGCUCCAGUCUCAAGGUGCUGCAGGUAAAGGUGUCAGAAGAUGGGAAGAGGAAGGUGGAAAUGAACAGCCACACCUACCCCAUCCCUGAUGGGAUUAUCAACGGCAGGGGCACAGAUCUCUUCAGGCAUGUUGCAGAGUCCCUGAAAGAUUUCAUGGAGAAGAAUCAAAUCAAUAACAGGAAAACCCCCCUGGGCUUCACCUUCUCCUUCCCCUGCAGACAGUCCAAACUGGAUGAGGGUGUACUUCUAUCAUGGUCAAAGAAUUACAAUGCCAGAGGAGUCCAGGGCGUGGAUGUGGUGGAAAGCUUGAGGCAGGCUAUCAACAGAACUGGGGGUAUGGAUGUGGAAGUCUUGGCUCUCGUCAACGACACAGUGGGGACCAUGAUGUCCUGUGGGUAUGAUGACCAGCGCUGUGAGGUUGGAGUCACUAUAGGCACGGGUACGAAUGCCUGCUACAUGGAGGAGCUGAGACACAUUGACCCGGUGGAGGGAGAUGAAGGCAGGAUGUGUAUCAGCACGGAGUGGGGAGCAUUUGGGGACGAUGGCGUGCUCGACGACUUCAUCACAGACCUUGACCGAGAGAUUGAUGCGGCUUCCAGCAACCCUGGGAAACAGCUAUUUGAGAAGAUGGUCAGUGGGCUGUACAUGGGAGAGCUGGUGCGGAUCAUUCUGCUGAAGAUGACUAAGAAAGGCCUGCUCUUUGAAGGCCAGGCUUCAGACGCCCUUCGGACCAAAGGCAUAUUCCAGACCAAGCACAUUGCUUUAAUCGAAAAGGAUAAGGAGGGUCUGAAGAACACAAAGGAGAUUCUGGUGGAUUUGAAUCUCAGCCCCUCAGAGGAAGACUGCAUCGCCGUCCAGCACGUUUGCACCAUCGUCUCCUUCCGCUCAGCAAACCUCUGUGCUGCAGCCUUGGCAGCCAUUCUGACCCGAAUCCGGAAUAACCGCAAGCUGAAGACCCUCAGGACCACGGUCGGCAUGGGCGGGACCGUUUACCGGACUCAUCCUCAGUACCCCAAACGGCUCCAGGAGGUGGUGCAGAGGCUGGUGCCAGACUGCCACGUGCGGUUCAUGCUAUCGGAGAGUGGCAGCGGAAAGGGCGUAGCCAUGGUAACAGCAGUUGCCCAGAAGCUGGCCAUUCAGCGGCAGCAGAUCAGCGAGACGCUGGCCGCCUUCAAGCUGAGCCUGGAACAGCUGCAGGAGGUGCGGGACAAGAUGAGGACAGAGAUGGAGAGGGGCUUGAGGAAGGACACCCACAGCACAGCCUCUGUAAAGAUGCUGCCCACUUACGUCUACAGCAUUCCGGACGGGACAGAGACAGGGAAGUACCUGGCUUUAGAUUUGGGUGGGACCAACUUCCGAGUGCUCGUGGUGAACAUCCAGAGUGGCCUUCACAAAUCAGUGCAUAUGGACAACAAGAUCUAUACAGUGCCUCAGGAGAUCAUGCAGGGAACUAGGGAGGAGCUGUUUGACCACAUUGUCCAGUGCAUCUCAGAUUUCCUGGAGUACAUGGGUAUGAAGAACACCUGUCUCCCUCUAGGAUUCACCUUCUCUUUCCCCUAUAGACAGACUGAAAUUGAUAAGGGAAGUUUGGUGUGCUGGACAAAAGGGUUCAAAGCCACAGACUGUGAAGGAAAUGAUGUCGUGGACAUGCUGAAAGAGGCCAUCAAAAGAAGAAAUGAAUUUAAUCUGGAUAUUGUUGCUGUAAUGAAUGACACUGUGGGCACAAUGAUGACCUGUGCAUAUGAAGACCAUAAAUGUGAGAUUGGACUCAUUGCAGGCACUGGCAGUAAUGUGUGUUACAUGGAGGACAUGCGAAACAUCGAGACGGUGGAGGGGGACGAGGGCCAGAUGUGUGUGAACACGGAGUGGGGAGGAUUUGGGGAAAAUGGCUGCAUAGACGACAUCUGGACAAAGUUCGACCAGGAGGUGGAUGAGGGGUCCCUCAACGUCGGCAAGCAGAGGUUUGAGAAGAUGAUGAGUGGAAUGUACCUGGGGGAGAUUGUGCGGCAUAUCCUCAUCGACUUGACGAGGCACGGCUUACUCUUCCGUGGGCACAUCACAGAUCAGCUGAAGACCCCGGGCAUCUUUGAGACCAAGUUCCUGUCCCAGAUAGAGAGCGAUCGGCUGGCACUGCUGCAGGUGAGGUCCAUCCUGCGGCGCCUGGGUCUGGACAGCACCUGUGAUGACAGUAUAAUCGUGAAGGAGGUGUGCGGCACCGUGUCUCGCCGUGCUGCACAGCUCUGCGGGGCUGGCAUGGCCGCCGUCGUCGACAAGAUUCGCGAGAACCGCGGGCUGGACCACCUGGACAUCACCGUGGGGGUGGACGGCACGCUGUACAAACUGCACCCACAUUUCUCUCGGAUCCUGAGAAAGACGGUCCGGGAUCUGGCCCCCAGGUGUGACGUCACAUUCGUCCUGUCAGAGGAUGGGAGCGGAAAGGGUUCAGCCCUCAUCACCACCGUGGCACAGCAGAGGUACUCGCAAAUGUGAGCUGUGAUUGGACUGUAGCUUACUCUGCCUCUUCACAGCACACAAAACCAGGAAGUGAGUGGAUUAAGCAGAUGCUGUGAAGCAAUUCAUCGUUGACAGGGAGACCAGUAUCUCAUUCUGCUCACACUAAAGUUAAAUUUGUGAAAUUUUUAUAAUUUUGAUGUCUGAGCUGAAAUUAUUUUAUACCUGACAGUUCUGUAACCCUGACAACAUUUUUGGGAAAUUAUUUUCAGAUUUUUUUUCAUGUACAGUGGAGGUUCUGAAGGAAUCAUACAUUAUGUUUGUUUGUUUUAGUACUACUAGUAAGUCAGGAUUGAUCCUUUUCUUUAUAAGACAGGCAAUUAGUUUUUUUGUUUGCAUGUAUAUAUUUUGUACACAGUAAAGAAAAGUUUAAAGAUGUGA